AUGACUUCUACUAAUUCAAAUGGUAUGGGUCGACCACCAUCAGUAAAAGAAGAUGGUCUAGCUCAACUAAGUCGAUCACCAGAAAAUGCUAGAAGAAUUAAAAAUGUACAAGACAAAUUUGUGAAUAGUCAAAACUUACAAAAAGAAGGUCGAGCAUUAGUUGGCGAAGGCAUUUUAAUGAAAGUAUGUCGGAAAAAGCCUAAACAACGAGCUUUCUUUUUAUUCAAUGAUAUACUUGUCUAUGGACAAGUUGUUAUCAGUGGACGCAAGUAUUCACAACAAAAAAUAAUUCCACUCAAUGAAAUACAAAUUAGUGCACCAAUUGAUUCUGCAGAAAAUCCAUAUGCAUGGUUAAUUAGUAGUCCAAAAAAAUCUUUUAUCGUUCGAGCAAAUUCAGAUCGUGAACGACAAGAAUGGCUUGCACAUCUUGAUCGUUGUAUUCGUUAUGCAUGUGGUGGAAACAAUACGCAUCAUAGUGCUGUUGCUGCACAUUGGGUACCUGAUGAUAAAGCUGAUACAUGCAUGCAUUGUCGUACAUCGAAAUUUUCUGCUUAUAAUCGUAGACAUCAUUGUCGAAAUUGUGGUUUUAUUGUUUGUGAUGGAUGUUCAAAAAGACGUUUUUUACUUCCACAUUUGGAUUCAAAACCAGUUCGUAUAUGUGAUGCAUGUUAUACGAAAUUAAAUAAUCAUAAUAUAAAUGAUUCUCGUUCAAAUCAACGUGAUCGAACGGCUGAUAGUAGCGAUAGUGAUGGUGAUGAAGGUACUUCACAAUAUUCUCCAGUUCCUGUAUGUAUAUUAUUAAUAAUUUAUUAA